GCGCGGGCGGGUCGGGGAGGGGCUCGCGGGGCGCCCCAGGCCCGCCGGGCAGCGCGGGGACGGCCGGCCUGCGGGAGGCUGGCCUGCAGUUGCAGGUGGACGCCGUUCGUGCCCCCGCUUUCGGGAUGAAGACGCGGGACGCGGCGAGUGGAGUCACCGGAAGGAGCCGAGCGGAAGCGCAGCGCGGGGUGGGGCCCACGGCGCCUGAUCCAGGGCCCUGCACCCAGCGGGGCUCCGGUACGAUCCUGGUGCCAGGGCUUGCUGAGAUGCCCGUCAUGGUGGACGAUGUCAUGAAGCUGCUGUGCUCCAUUUCUGAACAGAAGAAAAUGAAGGCUGCCGUCAAGCACUCAGGGAGGGGCGCCCUAGUCACAGGGGCUGUGGCCUUUGUUGGUGGCUUGGUUGGUGGCCCGCCUGGACUAGCCCUGGGGGGCGCCGUCGGGGGCAUGUUAGGUGCCUGGAUGACAAGUGGGCAGUUCAAGCCAAUUCCGCAGAUCCUAAUGGAGCUGCCGCCCGCUGAGCAGCAGAAGCUGGUGAACGAGGCCACCAACAUCCUCAGGCACCUGGAGUGGACGGAUGCUGUGCAGCUGACCCUGCUGGUCAUGGGCAGUGAGGCCCUACAGCAGAAGCUCCUGGCCAUGCUGGUGGGCUACGUUUCCAAGGAGCUGAAUGCUGAAGUGUGCUAUGACGACUAGGCCGCCCGUCGGAGGGGCUCUGGGAGGCGACAAGAGCUGGGGUGCCAGUCAUCGUGUGUUACCUUAAGCUGCAGUGACAGCUCCUGCGGGACAGGCGUCCGCUGUCCUGUGUCAUGUUCUGGGAAUUCUCAGUGAAGACCUGGGGCUGGGAAGCCGGUGAGCAGCACAGGCGGCCUGUUGCCGAAGUGGCGGGAGCUUUCCGAGUCCGCCCUCCUGGCAUGGAGCGUGGAGGAAGGUCCCGUGUUCAGCUUCUCAGCCGUGAACAUGGCUUCUGUCCGAGCCCCUGGUGACUGGUCCCCCUCCGGGCCCAGGGUCUCGGAACCAGGGAGCCGCCCUCCUGGAAUCCUGUUUGCCUCCCAGCCCCUUCCCAGUGGCCUCACGAGGGACAAGGUCAGGGACACACAGGCCACUCCAUCCAGCCACGUGCCUUCGUCCGCCCCAUCUGAGUCCUGCGUUUUAAAUGCAUCACUUUCAGUAACGGGCAGCGCUGCUUCUGAAGUCACCAGAUCACCAACCAUCUCUGAGUUAUGUCCCUGCCCUAACGUUUCCCUAACACUGUAGCCCCUGCUUUUAUGCUUUCACAGCCACCACAGGCCGCUCAUCCAAGUGCAGUCAGCUUCUCUGAACGGCGCUUCUCCCACGUUGGUCCUGGGAAGCACCCCUCACAUUGGGAGUCCUUCACUGGUUCCCAGUGUCGGGGAACCAGGGGCGGGUGCCGGGUUUGUGGCUUUAAACAACGAAAGACAGCCCGACCCCAGUGCCGACCCCAGUGCCAGCCCUGCCUCUCCACGCCCUGUGCUGCCAGGGAGUGUGCUCUCCCGUUUCCUCUAGCAACCACAGCGCCAGGGCGCAGACUUGGGGCCUCUCCAGGGACAGCAGCAGUGCCGGCCCCCCUGGGGGUGUGGGGGGAGGCACUCCUGUGAAAUGGAGUCAGAGCUCCUGUGUGUGAAACAAACUUCAGGACGAAUUAGAACACACGGUGCUUAAGGAACGACGGAGCGUUUGUGUCUCAGAAAUUUCUCUCCAGCCACAGUCCUGGAGCUGAGGCCGUGGCCUUCCUCAUAUAUGUGCUGUGUGAGUGAUGGGGGCCGGCGGGGGCCUCUAGAUGAUUCUCCUAACUCAGGGGGGGCAACCGGGGGGUUGGGGACCUCCCCCAUUCAUGACUCAGGUGUUGGGUCCUCUCCUGCCAGGCCCAGGGACAUGGUCCCAGCUCAGAGGUCCCACACCAAUGUCCACUGAAGCCCCUCUCCGGCCGGCCUAUCUUUACAGCUGGGAAAACUGCCCUGGGAGGGGAGGUCCCACUCCCGACCAGGUGGGGUCGGACGCACAUGCCUUGUGAGCCACCCUUGCCUUGCCGGUCCCGGGGUGACUUGUGGUCAGCUUUGGACACAAGAGGGCCCCCCAGACCUUGAGUCCCCUCUCCAGCAGGCACUGAAGGCACUUUCCUUUUUCCCCCUCAGGCUCUCCAUCAGCUCCUGUGGUUUUAGUAUUUGUACUUAGUAUUUAUUUGUAAAAAUCUCUACUUAUUUAUAUUUGAAUAGGCCACACCAGCCUGGUACAAAACUUAGAAGACACAGAGAGACAAACGUAAAAGGAAGGCUUUCUCUUACACCGACGCCUGCCCCAGCCCCUCCCACGACACAGCCACCUAAGUCACCACUUGCUUGUGUAUUAACUCUGUUUAAAAUGGUCUUCGAAAAAGAUUCAUUUCUUUUUAUUUAUCAAUGUUUAUUGCUGAAAAAUUAGAAAAUCCAGAAGAGUGUAAUGAAAUAAAAAACACUACAAAAACCAUUACCAUUCAGGGAAACACUGUUACCAAGUGUGGUGUAUUCUGUGCAAAUCUUUUAAUGCUGUGUGUCUGUUCCUAACAUAUUUGCAUUCUUGCUAUUUAGACUCUUGGCACACUUUCCAAUUAACAUUAGUGAUGUAACUUCAAUUCUUGUAAACGUGUGUGAUGGCUGUAUAAUAUCCACGGCACUUAGCUGUUCCCCUGGUGUGGCUUCCUCUGUAGGUUUUUAUUAUUAUAAUGCUGGGUGAACAUU